CUGGGACGUGCGGUGUCGGAAGCCGCCGGCGCCUACCAGAGUCGAGGAACAGCGGCCGGUAGCAGGGCCUAGGUUGGGCCGUGAAGUGCUGUGUGGGGGCCUGUGGCUGCCCUGUGCGCCGCCCUCCCGCCAAGGGCGCCAGAGCACGACAGCGACCACCCAGGACCAGUUCUGCUGCUACGGAUUCAUAUGCAUUUCAACAGCAACAAAAUACGAAUAAAUCUUGGGACUGGGACAGACAUGGCCUGUGGAAAUGAGCUCACACAUGGAAAAUUUUGGACCCCAGAUAUUUCUACUCUGUGGUUUUCCAGGAAUUAGUGUCUUUAUGGGAACAGAACCCAGAAUUUUCCCAGCCCUAGGUAUGUGCUAGUCGGCGGUGGAAUGUCAGGAACCCAGAUUGGUAGGAACCAGCUGUGUGCCAGAGUACUCUGUGCAUUUCCAAGAGCAACAAAAAAUGAAUAAAUCUUACGGGUUGGUGUCAUUUGAGGAUGUGGCUGUGGACUUCACCUGGGAAGAGUGGCAGGAACUGGAUGAUGCUCAGAGAACUUUGUACAGGGAUGUGAUGCUAGAGACCUACAGCAACCUGGUAUUGUUGGGAUGCUACAUUACCAAACCCAAUGUGAUCUUCAAAUCAGAGCAAGAAGCAGAGGCAUGGAUGGUAGAAAAUGCCCCAAACCAGAGCCUACAAGAUCUCCAUAUAGUCAAUAAUCAAAUUGAGAAAAGUCAAGAAAAUCACAGUAAAUACUUGUGGCAAGUUUUAAUCACCGACAGGAAAACAUCAACUGAGGAGAGAGUUAAGUUGGAAAAAACAUUUAAUUUGAGCUCAAACUGUACUUCAAAUCUGAUUAUAAACAGUGAAAACUCUUCAGAAAUUAACAUUGAGAAGUUUAAUGUAUGUAAGUAUGCACUUCCUCCUAGAAAUCCUGAUAAGACGCAUGCUGGAGAGACACCUGAUGACCAAAAUAAAACUGGGAAAUCCCACACACACUGUGAGCAUCUUAGUCAGAAUAACAAGAUUCAAGUUGGGCAGUACCCUUUUGAAUAUAGUAAACCAGGGAAAGCCUUCAACACAGAGCCAAUAUUAUUGGCACAUGAGAAGCUUCAUUUGGGAGAAACUACCUGUAAAUACAAUGAAUGUGGGAAAGCCUUUUAUAACUCAGCUCUCCUUGACCAAGAGAUAACUCAGGUAUUGAGGAAAACAUUUCAAUGUGAUGUAUGUGGGAAAGUAUUCUAUAAAAAGUCUGAACUCACUAAACAUCAGCAAAUACACACAGCAGAAAAAUCCUACAAAUGUAAAGAAUAUGAUAAAUCCUUCAUGAAGAAGUUAUCUCUUACAGUCCACAAAUGGACACAUACAGGGGAGAAGCUUUAUACAUGUAAUGACUGUGGAAAAACUUUUCACCAGAACUCACUCUUCAGAAGUCGUCAGAGAACUUACACAGGUGCCAAACCAUAUGAAUGUAAUGAAUGUAGGAAAUCUUUUUCCUACAACUCAGCCCACCAUACACAUAACAGAAUUUAUGCAGGGGAGAGGUCCUAUGAAUGUAAUGAGUGUGGAAAAACCUUUUACCGGAAGUCAGACCUCAGCAAGCAUCAGAGAAUUCACACAGGGGAAAGGCCCUAUAAAUGUAGUGAGUGUGGAAAAACCUUUUACUAUAAGUCACACCUCAGCAGGCAUCAGAGAAUUCACACAGGUGAAAGGCCCUAUAAAUGCAAUGAGUGUGGAAAAACCUUUUACCAGAAGUCAAACCUUAGCGUGCAUCAGGUAAUUCACACAAAGGAGAAGCCUUAUGAAUGUAAUGAGUGUGGAAAAACCUUUCCCCUGAAGUCAGUCCUUAGUAUACAUCAGAGAAUUCAUACAGGGGAGAAGCCCUAUGAAUGUAAUGAAUGCCGAAAAACCUUUCACCAUAAGUCAAUCCUCAGUACACAUCAGAGAAUCCAUACAGGGGAGAAGCCCUAUGAAUGUAAUGAGUGUGGAAAAGCCUUUCACCGGAAGUCAAUCCUCAGUACACAUCGGAGAAUCCACACAGGUGAGAAACCAUAUGAAUGUAAGGUAUGUAGUAAAUCUUUCUUCUACAAAUCACACCUCAAUAGACAUAAGAGAAUUCACACUGAAGAAAGUCGCUAUGAAUGUAAUGAGUGUGGAACAACCUUUCCUUGUAAGUCAAACCUCUGUGCACAUCAGAGAACUCACACAGGUGAGAAACUGUAUGAAUGUAAGGAAUGUAGAAAAUCUUACUUCUAUAAAUCACAUCUCAAUAGACAUAAGAGAAUUCACUCAGGUGAAAGCCCCUAUAAAUGCAAUGAGUGCGGAAAAACCUUUCACCAGAAGUCAAUCCUCAGUAUGCAUCAGGUAAUUCACACAAAUGAGAAGCCCUAUGAGUGUAAUCAGUGUGGAAAAGCCUUUUCCCUGAAGUCAGUCCUUAGUAUACAUCAGAGAAUUCAUAUAAGGGGGAAGCUCUAUGAAUGUAAUGAGUGUGGAAAAGCCUUUCACCGGAAGUCAGACCUCAGCAAGCAUCAGAGAAUUCACACAGGGGAAAGGCCCUAUAAAUGUAGUGAGUGUGGAAAAACCUUUUACUAUAAGUCACACCUCAGCAGGCAUCAAAGAAUUCACACAGGUGAAAGGCCCUAUAAAUGCAAUGAGUGUGGAAAAACCUUUUACCAGAAGUCAAACCUUAGCAUGCAUCAGGUAAUUCACACAAAGGAGAAGCCUUAUGAAUGUAAUGAGUGUGGAAAAACCUUUCUCCUGAAGUCAAUCCUUAGUAUACAUCAGAGAAUUCAUACAGGGGAGAAGCCCUAUGAAUGUAAUGAGUGUGGAAAAGCCUUUCACCGGAAGUCAGUCCUCAGUACACAUCAGAGAAUCCACACAGGUGAGAAACCAUAUGACUGUAAGGAACGUGGUAAAUCUUUUUUCUACAAAUCACACCUCAAUAGACCUAAGAGAAUUCACACUGAAGAAAGUCGCUAUGAAUGUAAUGAGUGUGGAAAAACCUUUUACCGGAAGUCAGACCUCAGCAAGCAUCAGAGAAUUCACACAGGGGAAAGGCCCUAUAAAUGUAGUGAGUGUGGAAAAACCUUUUACUAUAAGUCACACCUCAGCAGGCAUCAGAGAAUUCACACAGGUGAAAGGCCCUAUAAAUGCAAUGAGUGUGGAAAAACCUUUUACCAGAAGUCAAACCUUAGCGUGCAUCAGGUAAUUCACACAAAGGAGAAGCCUUAUGAAUGUAAUGAGUGUGGAAAAACCUUUCCCCUGAAGUCAGUCCUUAGUAUACAUCAGAGAAUUCAUACAGGGGAGAAGCCCUAUGAAUGUAAUGAAUGCGGAAAAGCCUUUCACCAUAAGUCAAUCCUCAGUACACAUCAGAGAAUCCAUACAGGGGAGAAGCCCUAUGAAUGUAAUGAGUGUGGAAAAGCCUUUCACCGGAAGUCAAUCCUCAGUACACAUCGGAGAAUCCACACAGGUGAGAAACCAUAUGAAUGUAAGGUAUGUAGUAAAUCUUUCUUCUACAAAUCACACCUCAAUAGACAUAAGAGAAUUCACACUGAAGAAAGUCGCUAUGAAUGUAAUGAGUGUGGAAAAACCUUUCCCUGUAAGUCAAACCUCUGUGCACAUCAGAGAACUCACACAGGUGAGAAACUGUAUGAAUGUAAGGAAUGUAGAAAAUCUUACUUCUAUAAAUCACAUCUCAAUAGACAUAAGAGAAUUCACUCAGGUGAAAGCCCCUAUAAAUGCAAUGAGUGCGGAAAAACCUUUCACCAGAAGUCAAUCCUCAGUAUGCAUCAGGUAAUUCACAUAAAUGAGAAGCCUUAUGAAUGUAGUGAGUGUGGAAAAACCUUUCCCCUGAAGUCAGUCCUUAGUAUACAUCAGAGAAUUCAUACAAGGGGGAAGCUCUAUGAAUGUAAUGAGUGUGGAAAAGCCUUUCACCGAAAGUCAGACCUCAGCAAGCAUCAGAGAAUUCACACAGGGGAAAGGCCCUAUAAAUGUAGUGAGUGUGGAAAAACCUUUUACUAUAAGUCACACCUCAGCAGGCAUCAGAGAAUUCACACAGGUGAAAGGCCCUAUAAAUGCAUUGAGUGUGGAAAAACCUUUUACCAGAAGUCAAACCUUAGCAUGCAUCAGGUAAUUCACACAAAGGAGAAGCCUUAUGAAUGUAAUGAGUGUGGAAAAACCUUUCCCCUGAAGUCAGUCCUUAGUAUACAUCAGAGAAUUCAUACAGGGGAGAAGCCCUAUGAAUGUAAUGAAUGCGGAAAAACCUUUCACCAUAAGUCAAUCCUCAGUACACAUCAGAGAAUCCAUACAGGGGAGAAGCCCUAUGAAUGUAAUGAGUGUGGAAAAGCCUUUCACCGGAAGUCAAUCCUCAGUACACAUCGGAGAAUCCACACAGGUGAGAAACCAUAUGACUGUAAGGAAUGUAGUAAAUCUUUUUUCUAUAAAUCACAUCUCAAUAGACAUAAGAGAAUUCACACUGAAGAAAGUCGCUAUGAAUGUAAUGAGUGUGGAAAAACCUUUCCCUGUAAGUCAAAUCUCAGUGUACAUCAGAGAACUCACACAGGUGAGAAACCAUAUGAAUGUAAGGAAUGUAGAAAAUUUUUCUACUAUAAAUCACAUCUUAAUAGACAUAAGAAAAUUCACAGAUAAGAAAUGAAUGUGAGUCUGGAAAUACCUUUCACUGUAAGUCAAACCUCAGUACACAUCAGAGAAUUCACAUAGGUGAGAAGUCAUAUGAAUGUAACACAUGUAGAAAAUCUUAUACCGCAAGUCACAUGUCAGUAGACAUGAGAAAAUUCACAUAGGAAAAGACCAAUGGAUUUAAUGUAUGUGAAAAUACUUUUCCCUACAAAUCACACCUGAGUAAGCAUCAGAGAAGACAAACAAAAGUGAUGGCCUAUAAAUGUACAGCUGCUUUGUGGUUACCACAGGGGAUGGGUUCCAGGACUUCUCCGUCAUGCCAAAGGCUGUGAAUGCUUAAGUCUUAUAUAAUGUGGCAUAGUAUUUUUGUAACAUUGUGCUGUUUA